AUGGAUGAGAAUAUGAAGAAGUUGACUAAAGAAAAAAUGAUUGCAAAUUAUUAUCGAUUACUUGGUUCUGUUAUGAGUGCUAGAUUCUGUUUAGAAAACUCUUUACCCUUUCGUGGCCAUGAUGAGUCGGAAGAAUCUAAUUCUCAAGAUGAAUCUAGUGAUGUUUCUUUGAAGGAGCAAAUGGCUGUAGUUGUUAGAUUUGUUGAUAAACUUUGGGCUGUUAGAGAGAGUUUUAUCAGAAUUAUUCAUGUCAAAGACACGGCUUCUACAACUCUUAAACAAGCCAUUGAUGAUUUAUUAGCAAGCAACCAAUUGAGCAUAAACACUGUGAGAGGCCAAAGUUAUGAUGGUGCAAGCAACAUGCGGGGAGAAUUUAAUGGGUUAAAAGCGUUGAUUUUGAAAGAUAACCCGUCAGCACAUUACAUCCAUUGUUUUGCUCAUCAACUUCAGUUGGUUAUUGUCGUUGUUGCAAAAAAACAUGCCAGUGUCAAAACUUUCUAUGAAUUCCUUUCCAUGGUUGUCACUACAGUUUCAGCUUCUUGCAAACGAGAAGAUAUGUUAAGGGAGGAAAAAAGGCUAGAGUGGAAAAAAAGAUACUUGAAGUUUGACCCAUCGAAGAUAUUGGCCUUUGCUAAGAUGUACCCGGAUGAUUUUACUACACAAGAAAUAGGGAGUCUUUUGGGUGAUAUUGAGUCAUUUCGUCACACAAUAAGCGACGAUGAUAACUUUGAAGACUUGAAUGGAAUAAGUGAUCUAGCGCGUGUUAUGGUUGAAAUGGGAACACACAGUUCUUGUCCUACAGUUUAUCGAAUAGUUAAGCUAGCUUUGCUUUUACCAGUUGCAACCGCAACAGUUGAAAGAUGUUUUUCGAAAUUGAAGCUUGUGAAGACGGAUUUACACAAUCGAAUCGCCCGGAAUUCUUGA